UGACGGUACCACGUGUGUGUGUGCAUCUGAGUUUGUGACAGGACUAUGAGGGAUAUGUGUGAGAUGUUGUGAGGGUACCACAGGCAGGGUGUGCAUGUGUGUGUGUGAUUUUGUGAUGGUACUAUGGGGCAGGGGUGAUUUGCGACAGGACUAUGAGGGUGUCUGAGGUUUUGUGAGAGUACCAUGGGCAGAGUAUGUAUGUGUGUGAUUUUGUGAUAGUACUAUGGGGGGCUGCGAUUUUGUGACAGGACUAUGAGGGUGCACGUGUGAGAUGUUGUGAGGGUACCACGGGCAGCGUGUGUGUGUGUGCAAUUCGUGACGGUACUAUGGGAUAGGUGUCAUGUGUAACAGGACGAUGAAGUGUGCGUGACACCUGGUCCCGGCACCACGGGGCGGGCGCGCACAACCCGCCAACCGCCCCGAGACCCGACGAAAGCGAGGCAGUGGGCCGGAUGACGUCAGAAACGGCCACCGGAGAACAGGCGCCCGCUCGCGCCAGCGCCGCCGCGUCACAUGGUUCACACCUCGCGCCAGCGGCCACCUGCCAUUUUGUGCCUCGAAGCAGGAUGCGGCCGGGCCUCGGCGCCGCCCCGCUGCUGGGGCUGCUGCUGCUGCUGCAGACGGUCGCCGGCGUCCUGGCGCUGUGGACUGCCAGGCGGGGUAAGCCGGCUGCACCAUGGCGUGGGCCGUUGUUCCCGCACUGCGCCUGCGCACGCCCCCCCGCACAUCUUCCAUGAGCCCCGCGGGCACGUGGUGGCCGCUUGGUAACGCUGCGCUUCCCCGGGCAGAGUGCGGGGAGCAGCCGCUCGUGGACCAGCUGUCGGGGCCGCGGAUCGUGGGCGGCCGGGACGCGCCGCUGGGAGCCUGGCCUUGGCAAGUCAGCCUGCAGGUCUUCCGGCCCGGCCUGGGCUUCCGGCACCUGUGUGGCGGGGCGCUGGUGGCUGAGCGCGCCGUGCUGAGCGCCGCGCACUGCGCGCGGGACCGGCGUACUUUAGUUGUGAAAAAAAAUCAAUUCUCUUCUAGGGACCCAAACCGGUGGAGGGCUGUGAUUGGUGUAAAUAACCUUUUUAAACCUGAGAGACAUACUGUGAAAAGCAGUGUUGAAGAGAUCACUAUCCAUCCAGAAUUCAAGAAGGAGACUUUUGAAAAUGACAUUGCAUUAUUUAAACUAGAUAAAUCUUUAGGCUACAGUGACUAUAUUCAGCCCAUCUGCUUACCCUUUGCUCACUUUCAUGUAAAUAUUGAAAACCGCACACAAUGCUUCAUAACUGGUUGGGGCAGUAUUUCUGAGAAAGGUGAAAGCACACGUAUAUUACAAGAAGCUGAAGUAUAUAUUAUUCCUUCAGAUAUUUGUAACAGUUUUGAUUGGUAUGCAGGGAUGAUUACUGCAAAUAUGCUUUGUGCUGGUGAUGAAUCAGGAGGUAUAGAUAGUUGUCAGGGAGACAGCGGUGGACCUUUAGCAUGCUAUGACCCUUCUGCCAGCAAAUACUACCUGACAGGGAUUACAAGUUUUGGGUUUGGCUGUGGCCGGCCUAGGCUUCCUGGAAUCUACGUGCGCAUGUCUCAGUAUGACAGAUGGGUAAACACUCAUAUUUUGCUGGGCAGCAAAUCUACAGAUACGAGGAUUUCACUGGCCUUGAACUUCUUGUGUGUGGGGUGGAUAUUACUAGAGACUGCCUGAAGAGCAUGCUAUUAUUUCAGUGUAAUAGAAGUUUCAGUAUUUUCUCAAAUUGCCACUUGAAUGUUGUCCAGUGGGACAACUACUCAUGUUUUUUUUAUGAAUAACUGUCAUUAACAAAUGUGGAUAAAUGCUUUUUUCUGUAUUAGCACAAGGUGUUUUAUCUAUCCAGUCCACAUAUGUAUAUGACCUAUAAUGAAGCCUUUUACUCUUUUUGAAUUGAUACUAAUCAUUGUGUAUCAUAAGUAAGUGAAGCAAAGCAUAAGCAGUAGAGAGAGAUUUUAUAGAAUUAUAUUAGCAUGUUCUGUGGGCUUCACCUUUAAAAAUAUGAAAGCCAGUCUAGUAUAAGGCUAUGUAUUAUGUUGAUAAGUAGGCAUAAAACAGCAGGUUUUGUCAAAGUAAAGCAGAAAAUUAUUAUUUUGGCCAAAUCACAAAAUGCAUUCCAUUCAAGGCUCGAAGGGACACAGUCAACUAUAUUUCGCUCUGUAUUAUUGUACCAUUUGUGUUAUUGUUCUAUUAUUACAAUAUCUUAGCAUCUAGAAAAUAAAAUGCGUUUCACACCAAGAUAAGUCCUGAUUUUGUUUUGUCUGUAGAUAAAAUUCCCAAACAUGCCAGUAAAUUCACACUCUAUGGGAAUCUAGUUGCAUAGAAAUUAUUUAGGAAGGAACAUUCCCUUCUUUUCAGGUAAAUACACUUUCCAUAUUUAUUUAAAAGUGUGUGUGAUUUUUACAAUCCAUUCCUGCCCAUCACUGAGUUCAGCACAAAUAUAAGGAGAAAUGAACAAUAAUCUUUCUACUAUAAAAUGUGAAACUGACCAUAUAAAUAAUAUAUUAACUGGAAUCAGAAAUAAUUUUGGGGUUUUUUUAACCUCAAUCUCUUUUCAGCUCUAGUAAUCAGGUGUGAUACAGCAUUUACAGGCAAAAAUGGGAUUUUUAAACUAGCUCAUGCUCCCUCUGCUGGAUUACUAACAGCAAAGCAUAGAGUAUUUUCUAAUUGUAGGUAAUGGCAAAGAUUAAUUUAAAACUGACAGCCCCUCCCUCCACAAGCCACAAAAAUCCAAACACAGAUAGUCAGAAUAUAGUAGAAAUUCCUCAGUAAAUUAUCUUAAUUUUAAGGGUAUUUUGAACCUGGGACAACAGAUUCCUUUUGACUAGCAAUCAAUUUUGAUUCAAUAAACAACGAACAUUAAAAUUUUAUUUUGGGGUCUUUAUUACUGAGGUCAAAAGUUGCAGCCACCUAUAUUUCAACAAAUAUUUACAAUUCAUAUGAAGUAUGUACCUAUGUUUGGAGAGAAAUGGAGCAAUGGUAUUCAGUAUUUAUUUACAUUACUUUCUGGAUACAGUUUUGUAACUAUUACCACUUAUAUAAGAAAAUUGUAUGCAUGUUGCCAGGUAACUUCCUCCUGACCAAAAAAACACUUGUAAGAACAAGCCAGUACGAUUGCUUCCUACUUCCAUAAUAAUAAUUAAAAAAAAAGGCCUAAGCUUCUGCUUCUUAAAACAUUACCACAUCAAGGGGAUAGUAACUGAUUAACGUAUUUCUCAAUAGCAGCUAGGCAAGAUUCUUUGGGUAAAUGUGAUAUCUUUUAUUAGACCAA